AUGUCACAAUCCCAAAGCACAUGUCCAUUGACGGUUAAAACGUCGAAGGCAUGGGUAUUGCCUCCUAGGCCCAAACCAGGGAGAAAACCUACAACGAGUCAAGCAUCUGGGGCCGUAUGUCAAAAAGAAAAAAAAAGUAAAUGCAAAAAAGAGACAAAACCUAAACCCACGCAGUCAGUCGGAAGUGUCAAUUCUGUCAAUGCAAGCCAAUGCAUAAGCCCAAAUGUAAUCUCAUGCGUAAACGCAACUACGAGUAUGGGUGCUACCGGUGCAAAGACAAACGCUACGGCUAGUCCAGCAGCUACUUCUCCACAAGCGGGAAACACUUCAGUAAAAGUGAUCUCUAGCAAUAGCGGGAUGCAGGCAACAUUGAACAAGAGUAUAUCGCUGAUUGAGUCAGAAAAUUCUGUUCUCAAGGACCACUUACUUUCACUUAUACAUGACUAUAAACAUCUCAGAAAUGCGGUACUUUCCGAGACUAAUAGCGAAAGCCACCACCACCUUAUUCAGGAUGAUUCGGUUCAUACUGCUAGGAAGAGGUCCUUCACCGAACUCCACACAACGUCCGAUCCUAUGGUUGAGUUGAUCGAUAAUAUGAACGAUUUGUCGCACAACCCACCAACGCUUCUUCUCCACAACUUCCUCGAAAAUGACUUGAGGAACCUUCCUUUGGUUGAAAGGGAUGAGGAAGAAGAUGUCGGUGAUGACCAAGACUUCUUGAACUUUAUCAAUCUUGACAACGAUGACAUUGAAGACGAUGACCAUCAUGAAGAGGAAGAAGAGGACUCACCCUUCUUGUCUAGAACGACGUCUCCUUCGGAAACAGAUGGUGAACAAUCACUUAUGACAUCACUCACGAGAUCUACUACGGUUUCUACAAACAACUCUUCCUUUUUGCUUACCGAGCCUAGAUCUAAGCUGCAGAACAUUAUAGGAGCGUCGUCCUUUUCCAUGUUCAAAGAGCAACCUUACAAUUUCUAUAACCUUCCAAACUACAACGAGAUGGAAUCAGAAGACCUGCUGCAUAUCACUGGGUUCACCUUUGAUAAGUUGAGCCCUAACGAGAAGUUCCACUCCAUAUUGAAGCAGGAUCAAUACAAUAUGGUUACUGAUUUUUUGGAAGAAAAAUUGAUAGACAAUGAUAUGAACUAUUACGUCCAAACCCAACAAGAUUUAUCUUAA